UGCACCAGACUCGUGUGCAUCAUUUGCACCAAUCCCAGGUGGACCAUUUGCACCACCCCCCAGUGCCCCAUCCCUUGCACCAAUCCAAUCUGCUCCAUCCCUUGCACCAAUCCCACGUGCACCAUUUUCACCACCCCCCAGCGCAUCCCUUGCACCCCCCUUUGGUGCCCCAUCCCUUGCACUAAUCCCACGUGCACCAUUUGCACCAAACCCACGUGUGUCAUUUGCACCACCCCCCUGUGCAUCCCUUGCGCCAAUCCCAGCUGUACCAAACUCACGUGUGUCAUUUGCACCCACACCACAUGCACCGUUUGCACCAGACCCACGUGCAUCCCUUGCACCAAUCCCAGCUGCACCAAACCCACGUGUGUCAUUUGCACCACUCCCCAGUGCAUCCCUUGCACCAACCUCCCCUGCAUCAUUUGCACCAAACCCACGUGCAUCCCUUGCACCAACCCCUGCUGCAUCCCUUGCACCAAUCCCAGCUGCCCCAUCCCUUGCACCAAUCCCACGUGCAUCAUUUGCACCACCCCCCAGUGCAUCCCCUGCACCAUUCCCAGCUGCACCAAACCCAUGUGUGUCAUUUGCACCACCCCCCAGUGCAUCCCUUGCACCAAUCCCACGUGCAUCAUUUGCACCAAGCCCACAUGCAUCCCUUGCACCAACUCCGCCUACAUCAUUUGCACGAGACCCACGUGCAUCCCUUGCACCAAUCCCAGCUGCCCCAUCCCUUGCACCAAUCCCACAUGCAUCAUUUGCACCAAAUCCCAGUGCAUCCCUUGCACCAACGCCGCCUACAUCACUUCCACCAGACCCACAUGCAUCCCUUGCACCGAUCCCAGCUGCCCCAUCCCUUGCACCAAACCCACGUGCAUCAUUUGCAUCACCCCCCAGUGCAUCCCUUGCACCACUCCCUGCUGCAUCACUUGCACCAGACCCACGUGCAUCCCUUGCACCAAUCCCAGCUGCACCAAACCCACGUGUGUCAUUUGCACCAAACCCACGUGCAUCCCUUGCACCAAUCCCCCCUGCAUCCCUUGCACCAACCUCUCCUGCAUCCCUUGCACCAAUCCCAGCUGCCCCAUCCCUUGCACCAAACCCACG